CCCCAUAGAUUUCUACUCUAAAGCCAAUCAUAGAAUACUUUAACUUGCACAUGGUAUUUCGUCAGCCAAUGACACACUAAAGCACGUACUUGUAGGUUGGGCAACAAUUUAGCAAUGUCCAAUUGAAAUUAUGUAAUUUGCCGUUGGAGGCGUUGGCAAAUGCAGUGGGGUUAGGUUGAGCGGUUAUUCUCCGUGUGGAAGUGGAUUGAGAGCAGAUUGACAGGAGGAACCAUUGCUGAUAAUUUUAAGUAAAGCUGCUCAUUGGUCCAGACAGAAGAUGGGGAAGAAGAGUCGUGUGAAGACUCAGAAGUCAGGGGCCACAGCUGCCGUCUCCCCCAAAGAGAUGCUGAACCUCAUCUCCGAACUUCUGCAGAAAUGCAGCAGCGCAGCCCCCUCUGCUGGCAAGGAGUGGGAAGAGUAUGUCCAGAUUCGAACGCUGGUGGAAAAAAUCCGCAAGAAGCAAAAAGGCAUGUCGGUGAUGUUUGAGGGCAACAGAGAGGACUUCUUCUCUGAGCUGAUGACCUGGGCUGCAGACUGCGGGGCCUCCUGUGACGGCUUUGAGAUCUCCAACUUUGCAGACCAGGGCUAUGGGCUCAAAGCCACCAGAGACAUCAAGGCAGAGGAGCUCUUUCUCUGGAUCCCCAGAAAAAUGCUGAUGACUGUGGAGUCAGCCAAGAACUCUGUCCUUGGUCCCCUGUAUGGUCAGGACCGCAUCCUGCAGGCCAUGGGCAACGUGACGCUGGCGCUUCACCUGCUGUGCGAGCGUGCCAACCCAGCGUCGCCCUGGCUGCCCUACAUCCGUGCGCUGCCCGCCGACUACGACACGCCGCUCUACUUUCAGGAGGACGAGGUGCGCCACCUGCUGGCCACGCAGGCCAUCGCCGACGUCCUGAGCCAGUACAAGAACACCGCGCGCCAGUACGCCUACUUCUACAAAGUCAUCCAGACUCAUCCCAAUGCCAGCAAGCUGCCCCUGAAGGAUGCGUUCACCUUCGAUGACUACAGGUGGGCCGUUUCCUCGGUGAUGACCCGACAGAACCAGAUCCCCACGGAGGACGGCAGUCGGGUCACCCUGGCGCUGAUCCCACUCUGGGAUAUGUGCAACCACACCAACGGCCUGCUCAGCUGGUCGAUCUGGGCAGUGCCAUUCCUGCCGGGCACUGGCAUGGAUACCCCUGCCCAGGGAACAGGAGAUCUGAAGCAACGUAGCACAGCCUAUGACGCAGAGCUAGAAGACAUCCAGCAUGAGAGGCGUGUGUUAGAGCACAUGUUGGAGCAGUCACUGCAGUCCCAGCAGCGCAUGUCAGCAGGCCUAGCAGAACUCAAAGCAGUCCGUGCAGACAUGCUACAGCUGGUGAAUACUGCACGCAGUCUACAACAACCGCACGAGGCACAUGGCUAUCACCCUACCACAGUGGAUGAUGAUGGAGGAUGGCCACCACCACCACUGUGGUUAAGCAACACCGGAGAUGUGCCACCUGCGAGUGAGCAGCCCACAGUCGACCGCCUCGACCGAUUGAUGAGUGAACUGCAGCUAUUAAGAAAUGAGACACUAGCAGCCAAGCAGAAUGUGGCGCCAGUAGCCCAGCCGUUGUCAGCACCACCAACCAGCCAACCUUUCGGGCCCACCUACCCCAGUAAUAGCCACGGCCCUACAGUUACCCAGCGACAGCGCCCUGCAUGGUCUAGUUUGCCCCCACCUCCACCGCAGCUCACCUCCACACCAUAUGGUGUGCCUCUGAACCCCACUGCACUCCGCCCUCCGCCAGUGCAACGUCCACCACCUCCUCAGGGUCUGCCAUAUGCAACCAGGCAAGCGCCAACCUACUCCAGGCCAUCAUACCACACCUCCAUCGUAGAAUCAGCAUAUCGUGGGCCCCGUGCUACCAUACCCAACUUCUCUCAUCGAGACCCUGGUGAGUUUACUCACCUCAAGAUUGCCCUAGAGAACCUGCUACCUGUUGAUAGUACCGAAAUGUUUAAGUAUCAAGUCUUAGUUGAUCACCUGAAGCUAGAGGAGGCCAAACUGAUAGCUGAUGCCUACAUCCACUCCCAGACACCGUUUACUGACACAAUGAUGGCCCUGAAUGAGAAGUUUGGACAGCCUCAUCAGUUGACUAUUAAGCGGAUCGCUGAGGUGAUGGACACACCUGACAUUAGACGGGGCGAUGCAGUGGCCUUCGACCAGUUCUCCCUUCAGAUACAGUCACUGGUGGGAAUGUUGAAGACACUUGGCCCUGAUGGUGAGGUGGAGCUCCUAUGCGGUACCCACGUUGCAAGGCUGCUCAACAAGCUGCCACCAGAACAGCGAGCUGAUUUCCGCAGAUGCAUGUUCAGCCAGUCUAAGAGGAGUUACACCCUCUACGACCUAGCUCAGUGGCUGAAGCAUGAAGCCUGGUGUCAAGACUUCGAUGGCCAACUGUCUUCCAGAGGGGUGAAAGCCAAGCCCAGUGCUAAGCCUAGCACCAACCCAAAGAAGCCCUCCGUCACUGUGCUGCAUGGAACAGACAGUACACCUAGGGAGGUCAAACCUAUAAGUGACAGUCAAACCAAGGUCAAGCCAGCACCCUACUGUGCAUUCUGCGAUAACCGAGAACACCACCUGAGUCAGUGCACGGCCAUCGGUAAGCUAAGCAAAGGACAGCUAACUGAGUGGAUUAAGACCAACAAGAGAUGUUGGCGCUGUGCGCGCUCACACCAGGCGGUGCAGUGCACCUUAAAGAAGACCUGCAACCUGUGUCAAGUCCACAGGUCCAGCAUCUUCGCCCUGCACUGCAGUGACCCACCCAUCUCCGCUCAGCUCCUGGCCUUUCUGCGUGUCUUCUGCAUGACUGAAGAGGAGCUGAAGGACUAUCUGGUGGGCGAGCACGCCAUCAAUAAGAUCUUCACGCUGGGCAACACGGACUUCCCCGUCAGCUGGGAGAACGAGAUCAAGCUGUGGACCUUUCUGGAGACCCGUGCCUCUCUACUGCUCAAGACCUACAAAACCACCUCCCAGGAGGACCGCGCCAUGCUGGAGAAGCCCGACCUGUCGCUGCACUCGCGCACGGCCAUCAAGCUGCGUCUGGCGGAGAAGGAGAUCCUGGAGCGGGCAGCGGCUAGCGGCCGGGCCAAGAGGCUGCACUUCCAGCAGCGCCUGGACGAGGGCGCCGCGCUGCCCCUCUACGAGGAGAGUGACAUCUCCCUGCUGGAGAACGCCGACGCCAAGCUCCCCAUCAUCCUGCGCAAGCUCGAGGAGGAGGAGGAGGAAGAGGAGGAGGAGGAGAGGAGCGUGGAGAAGGAGCUAAAGAGGGAGCAAGGAGACGCGCCGGUUGCGCCACUCCUCAACGGAGAGCGCAAGGUGGCCGAUAGCCCCGACGGCGCAUCGCAGCCGGAGGGGGAGAAGGAGAGAGGGAUACAGAAGAAAGAGGAGAAGGUGCAGAAGGACUUGCAGGAUCUGGACUUGCAGCAAGAGGACGACUUGAGCGAAAAGAGAACUGGUGAUGUGUCCAAAGAGAACGUAGACUAGAAUCCUCAUGCCUGUAGAUCCGACACACACACGUACACACCCAUACACACACACACACACACACACACGUACACACACAUACACACUCGCGUGCACACACACACACACCUACACACUCGCGUGCACGCACACACACACACACACGUACGUACACACUGCAGUUUUAUUUAUUUUUUUCUUUUUAAGUGUUACUUUAAGUGUCUCACAGGAAGACUAAGGAUAAUUAUGACAGGAGCGGCUAUUUAACUUUAGCAAUUCAAAAUGAAACAAAAACGUUUAAACAUUUUCUGUUCUUUUGUUUUUGUUUUUUAUUUGUAUUUUUUAUAUAGAUGCAGUCAGCAGUCUGUGUGCGCUUCCUGUUCCUACGGACGGUCAUUUGUCUUUAAAGGUGUUUUGCUGUUGUUUUAAGACGUCCCCUCCCGGCAGGUGUAUUCCUUAUGGAGGGCUCAGCCGAGGAUUUCAGAUCGUGAAGCUUUUUGAUUGGUUACUGAACACUCACUGACCUAUAAGCCAACAAGCAGGAACAGGAGAAGAGUGACCUGUAGUAAUCUGGGAAGUUUUAGUUUCUCCCUUAAGACCUGUUCACCCUAGCAGUUGUUGCUGCUGCUGCAAGCCAAGGGCCCAGUUUUUCUUUUCCUAGACAACGCCAGCUAUGGGUAUGGAUGUCGUCUAUCUUUAGAUGCCAGUCACUGCCUCUUACACUGGCCCUGGAGGACUGACUGAUUUACUGACUGACUAAGACAUACAUACUAAAGGCCUUUUCACACUUAGUGACAUUCACACAAAAAUCAACGCCAGGUAAUUAAAUACAAGUGUUCUUAUUAGUCUUUCUGCACCAAGGAUAAAAUUUGCUCAGUCUCAAAUUUAUUUUUCAGCGUAACAAAUUUUGUUCUGCGUGUGUACAGACCCAAUAAGAACACAUGUAUAGGAUGUAUGCUGUAUACCAGCAUGAUUCGAUAUUUUGUCAGACAAUUUGCGACUUGGCGUGAGAGAGCGCCUUAAUGCUUUAGAACGUUGGCCCAGACUGGUUCAGUAGAGUGGACCUGCACUUUUCUCGUGGAAACAAUCAGCGCUAUCUCACUAAAUUAGUCCGUUUCUUUUUUUUUUAGGAUCAUGAUUCUUUUGCGAUGUGCAAGGGGCACAAGCAGAGUGUGUUAUUGUUAGAUACUGAGGCUUACUACUUACUUACCAGCUUGUCUGUAAUGGAUGUAAGUCGAUAUUUGAGCCACAACACAUCUUUAGGAUAUGUUCACAGUCAUUGUCAUGGAUAUCUUCACUCGUUUGGACUAGCGGUUUGUCACUGUGACACAGGACUGGAAAAGGUGGCUUUCUUCUCUGAUCGCUCAAUUCAAAAUGCUCUUAGUCACCAUGUGUCAAUCUGUGACACUUUGUGUUCAACACAUUACUUGUACCUUCAAUGUUUUCAUUGAAUGUUUUUUUUUUUUUUCUUGUUUUUUGUUUAUCUCUAGUGUUUUUUUUUUUUUUUUUUUUUUUAAAGCCUUAAAGAAAGAUAUAUCUAUGUUACAAACAGGAGAGACAGAAGUUCACUUGGUUCACUGCAAAAGUGUCCAUUCUGUGUAACUUGCCUCCUGAUUGGAGGAAACGAAUGCCAAUCACAGACCUAGAAUGUCCAGGCAGUAUGCAUAUGUAUGUCUCAUAAUGAAUGGUGUGUCACUGGCUCCAUGUGUCCUUCCAUGUGUUACUGUGCAGCGGCCCCUGCAGACAUGCAAAGCUUCUAGCUGAGAAGUUCCUGUGCUACUUUCAUUGUUACUGUGGAACGUUCAUUUUGUUCAUUGUAAAACACUUUUGUCUGAAUUUGCCACCAGGUCAGUGCCCGGUCUGUCUGGUAUUAAAAGUAUUUUUAAAUUCGAGCAAUGUUUAGUAAAAAAAAAAAAAAAAAAAGAAUGUUUAUAAUAAAUACACGACACUUUACCAGUGACUAACAAGGCUAAACUCCCUGUGCUCUUUCUAUGGAUACGGAUGGACACCUCUAACUUGCAAGACUUUUGAAUGAUCUUGCUGCUUUGUAUAUAUGUUUAUAGCAACUGAGGGCUUGCCAACUGCUUUUGAAGUGUACCGUUGCCAGCCCUUAAGCAUAGCUAUCUAGAGCCAGAGGAGUCUGCUGCCAUGGAUUCUGUUUUAACAUGCAGUUGCUUUCAGUUGGGGGUAGCGGAGCUGUGUGUGGGUGAAGCCACCUCUUGUCGGGCGGCUGUCUGCGGUGAACGGACAGAGAUUAAAAUCGCUCUCAUUUUUCACCCUAA